GAAGAGGAAUUGUCGAAAGAGAAGAAUCAAUUUACGGAGCAGUUGGCGCAGAGUGAUGUGAAGGCGGAUGCCGCAUUGGCUCAAGUGCAGGCUGAGUUGGCGGGGAAUGAGGGCAAAAUGGAGGAAAGUUUGAAGAGCAUGGUAUGGUCAUUCGACUGCUUUUUAUAG